AGAUGGGCUCCACAGAGUGUCAAGUUCACCGGCCAUUAACGACCUUGAUUCCACCCAUAAGCCAUUUUUGCAGUCUUUCGCUCUCUCCUCUGAACCAUACUUACUGUCUCUGCUCGCCAUGGGUUGCUCUUCCUCUAUCCCAGAUAGGAAUUCUGGGCGGUUGUCCGGCCCGAAUUUGGAGAAUGGCGGAGUGGCCGACCCAAAAAAUCUUCGCGUAAAGCUGGUGUUGUUAGGUGACUCUGGAGUUGGCAAAAGCUGUAUUGUUCUUCGCUUUGUUCGUGGUCAGUUUGACCCAACAUCCAAGGUUACUGUUGGAGCUUCAUUCUUAUCACAGACAAUAGCUUUGCAAGAUUCCACAACAGUUAAGUUCGAAAUAUGGGACACUGCAGGACAGGAGAGAUAUGCAGCAUUGGCACCACUUUACUAUCGAGGUGCUGCAGUUGCAGUUGUUGUGUAUGAUAUAACAAGCCCAGAAUCAUUUGCCAAAGCACAAUAUUGGGUUAAGGAGCUACAAAAACAUGGAAGUCCUGAUAUAGUCAUGGCCUUAGUUGGUAACAAAGCUGAUCUUCAAGAGAAGCGGGAAGUGCCGGUUCAGGAUGGCAUUGACUAUGCGGAGAAGAGUGGAAUGUAUUUUAUCGAGACAUCUGCAAAGACUGCAGAUAAUAUAAAUCAGCUAUUUGAGGAAAUUGCCAAGCGGCUACCCCGCCCGCCCUCUUCAUGAAUGCAGGACCUUGAAAGUUAGAACCGAAUCAACUAAAGAAUGGGUCAAGUUGUUGGGAGCCCUUUAUCUGCCUGUAAUAUUACCCAGCUUGUGUAUAUUGUGAUCUUUAUAUGUCAUACUUUGGAAUUUUAUAUGCUGUGGUUCGAACUCAGACCUUUCAAUUGGAGCUGUAAGAUUCAGAAUCACACUUGUCAAAACGGCUUGAAUUCAAAAUUGAACUGAACACGGCUAUUGGAAGGAA